AUGAUCGAUAACUCAAUCUUUGAGAAUCUUCAAGCGAAGAUUGACGAAGAAACCGCCGUCCGUGACGAAGAUCCACGCAAGCUAUACUCUCCCGAGCUCACUCCACGCCAUCUGAUCAACCCGCUUCUUGACGAUGCGACCAGAGAGAUAAUCGCUCAAAGAGACGAGGUCGCGCGGCUCAAGACCGUGGCGGACAAGCACCCGUUCUACAAGUACAACGGGGUGUGGACGAGAGAGUUGCAAAAUCUUGUAACGUCGAUCGAGUUAUGUGCCUGGCUCGGAGGGCUCGAGGAGUACAAGGGCACCGGCUCGGCUUCGUUCUUGACCAUCGAGGAGGUUGGGAAGUUCCUGAAUGUCCCGGUCAAUCUGAAAGAACAAGAUGCUUUUCACCUGACCAUCGAAGAAUAUCUUCUUGCACUCAUUGGCAUGGUUGAGGAAUUGUCCCGUCUAGCAGUCAAUUCGGUCACUCUUGGUGAUUACAACCGCCCUGUUCAGAUCGGUAAAUUUAUCAAGGAUCUGUUCGCUGGUUUCCAGCUGCUCAACUUGAAAAAUGAUAUCCUGCGAAAGAGGAGUGAUGGUAUCAAGUACAGCGUCAAAAAGGUUGAAGAUGUGGUCUAUGAUCUGUCUUUGCGCAAUCUGAUUCCCAGGGGAAGUGCUGCGGCUUAG